UCAAUGGAAAAAAUAUUCUCAGGUGAGGAUUUAAAAACAUUGUAAUUAUAUAAAUUUAACAAUAGUUGGGUCAAAAGAUGGUGGAAUAUUAGUAAUUUGUAAGGGACACGCGCAAACUUUUGUUAGACUGCAUAUUUUUGAGAAUUGAUGGAUAUUUCCAAAUUGUACACUUUAUAUAGAAAUUCUUAGAAAAUUCUAUAUAAGAAAUAUUUAAUAGCAUUAGUGUCAUAAUAGCAUUAGUGUGAAUUAACACUGACAAUGUAAAAUACGUUUUAAAGAAAUGUAUACCCUAUUUGUAGAAUCAUUAUAGCCUGGUUGUUUUGUUCUUUCUUUUUUAUAAUGUAUCCUUUUGUUUAGGGGUGAGCAAGGGUAUUUUGCUAUUUAAUGAAAAACAUUUUAGAUCAUUCUGAGUUAUAUUAAAUUACUAUUCAAAAGAGCAUAGCUACUUGGGAGCAUGGUUUCUCAUAUAAUGAAUUAAGAUUACAGCAAAAAAAAUAUGGGCUUUUGCAUUAGGAGGAGAAUCCAUCUGUCAAAAUUUUUACAUUGUGAUUUCUUCAUUGACAUAUUCAACAAAUAUUUAUUGAGCAUCUGCCAUGUGCCUGGGACUAGCUGUUGAAGAAUAUCAAAAUAAAAAGUUUUGGAACUCUAGGAUGACACAGAAAAGAAAUAAGUAAGCAUGCUCUAUCAGAUGGUGAUCAAUGAAGCAUGCUCAGAGCUAAAGAAGUGUUCUCAUAUGCAUUUUCCUGUAGUUUAAAAGGUUAAAAUAUCAUAACUCUCUGACUUCAAGUAGAAAGAAUAUGUAAACUGCAAUGAACUAGUAGCUUUUUUCUGUGAUGUGAUUAACCAAUAAUAACCACAAUUCUGGCAUAUAGGCUGUCUAGAAUCUGAAAGAAAAUCUAGAGGAAUUCAUUCAUUUUUGCUGAGAGAAUUUUAAGGAAUCAUAUAGCUUGACUCUUAUUUUUACAAGAUGACUGAUCACUAAUAAGUCUUCUUUCACCUCUCAGUUCUCCAGAACAUCCCCCCAAAACUACAGGUUCUGGAAGAUAAAAACCAUGUCUGGGUUGUUUACUAAUGUAGCUCAGAACCUAGUACAUUAUAUCAAUAAUAGAUCUUUGAAUGAAUAAAUAAUUUUAAUUGCAUGGUUUUCUGAUUACAUCAUAUCCCAAAAAACAUUUCCAAAACUCCCAAUAGAUAACUGGUAUUACUAGAUAGAUAAAUGAUUGGGAUUACUAGAUUACUAUAGGUACAUACAAAUAGAGAAUGCAAUUGUAGCAAAUUUUUUCGAAGACAACGCAUGGUGGCGCUGCAGGCUAAGGCGAAGAAAAAGAAAAAGAAAAAAAAAAGAGCCCAGGAAAUUCAACUAAUUCAACCUCAGAUCGCUAGAGGAGGAGAAAAGCCUGUAACGGAGCUGAGGACCAGAGAGUGUCCAGAGAAUGCUACUCAGCAACAUUUCAGGACAGAUUACCAACUGAGAGAUCCAUCCCUAUCGCAGUCCCAUUGCUCCCUAAGGUAGAGCUGGGCCCGGUUCCUGGAAAGGUGUUUGUGAAAUAAAGAUGGAGGUCGGAGAGGAGCGCUUUCCUAAACAAAGGCAAGUCCUGGUUCUCUUUCUUUUGGUGGGAGUGGCUGUGGCAGGAUGGGAAUCCCGUCGCUAUUCCGUGAUGGAGGAAACAGAGAGCGGCUCCUUUGUGGCCAACUUGGCCAAGGACCUGGGGCUGGGAGCCGGAGAGCUAGCUGCGCGGGGAGCCCGGGUGGUCACUGAAGAUAAGGAACCCCGAUUGCAGCUUGAUCUGCAGACCGGGGACUUGAUAUUAAAUGAGAAACUGGACCGGGAGGAGAUGUGUGGCUCCACUGACCCAUGUGUGAUGCAUUUCCAAGUGUUACUGAAAAAACCAUUGGGAGUAUUUCGAGCUGAGCUACUGGUGAGAGACAUAAAUGAUCAUUCUCCUGAGUUUUCUGAAAGAGAAAUGACGCUGAGAAUCCCAGAGACUAGCCCUCCUGGGACCGUGUUUCCUCUGAAAAAAGCCCAGGAUUUGGACGUGGGCAACAACAACAUCCAAAACUACAGCAUCAGUCCCAGCUCCCAUUUCCAUGUUUCCACCCGCGACCUAGGAGAUGGCAGGAAAUACCCCGAGCUGGUGCUGGACAAGGAGCUGGAUCGUGAGGAGCAGGCCCAGCUCAGAUUAACCCUCACAGCCCUGGAUGGCGGCUCUCCACCCCUGUCUGGCACCGCCCAGGUGCACAUCUUGGUCUUGGAUGUCAAUGACAACGCCCCUGAGUUUGCACAGAGACUGUACCACGUGCAGGUCCCUGAGAACAGCCCUGUAGGUUCCCUAGUUGUCAAGGUUUCUGCUAGAGAUUUAGACACUGGGACAAACGGAGAGAUAUCAUACGCUCUUUCUUAUAGUUCUCAGGAGAUAAGCAAAACUUUUGAAGUAAACAGCCUUUCAGGAGAAGUUCGGCUAAUUAAAAAACUAGAUUUUGAGACAAUAUCCUCAUAUGAGCUGGAUAUAGAUGCCUCUGAUGGCGGGGGACUUUCAGGAAAAUGUUCAGUCUCCAUUGAGGUGGUGGAUGUUAACGAUAACUCCCCAGAACUAACUAUUUCAUCACUUACCAGCCCCAUUCCCGAAAAUUCCCCCGAGACAGAAGUGGCCCUGUUUCAGAUUCGAGACCGAGACUCGGGGGACAACGGAAGGAUGACUUGCUCUAUCCAGGAUGAUCUCCCCUUCCUUCUGAAACCAACUGAAGAGAAUUUCUACACCCUGGUAACGAAUGGGGCCCUGGACAGGGAGACCAGAGCCCAGUAUAAUGUCACUAUUACAGUUUCCGACUUGGGGACCCCCAGGCUGAAAACCCAGCACAACAUCACCCUGCUGGUCUCCGACGUCAACGACAACGCCCCCGCCUUCACCCAAACCUCCUACACCCUGUUCCUCCGCGAGAACAACAGCCCCGCCCUGCACAUCGGCAGCGUCAGCGCCACAGACAGAGACGCGGGCGCCAACGCCCAGCUCACCUACUCGCUGCUGCCGCCCCACGACCCGCAGCUGCCCCUGGCCUCGCUGGUGUCCAUCAACGCGGACAACGGCCACCUGUUCGCCCUGAGGGCGCUGGACUUCGAGGCGCUGCAGGCGUUCGAGUUCCGCGUGGGCGACGCGGCCAAGCACAGGCUGCUGGUGCUGGUCAAGGACAAUGGCGAGCCCGCGCUGUCUGCCAGCGUCACGCUGCACGUGCUGCUGGUGGAUGGCUUCUCGCAGCCCUACCUGCCGCUGCCGGAAGUGGCGGCCGACCAGGCGCAGGCCGACCCGCUGACCGUGUACCUGGUCAUCGCGUUGGCGUCGGUGUCGUCGCUGUUCCUGUUCUCGGUGCUGGCGUUCAUCGCGGUGCGGCUGUGCAGGCGGAGCAGGGCCGCCUGGGUGGGUGGCUGUUCGGUGCCUGAGGGUCACUUUCCGGGCCACCUGGUGGACGUCAGCGGUACUGGGACCCUGUCCCAGAGCUACCAGUAUGAGGUGUGCCUGACGGGAGGCUCUGGGAGUAAUGAGUUCAAAUUCUUGAAGCCUGUCUUCCCUAAUAUUCUAGGCCAGGACAUUGGGAGGAAGGCAGAGGGAAAUCCAACAUUCCAUGAUAGUUUAGGUAUCUGAAACUUUCCGCUUGUUGUCUCCUUUAUCUUUCCUUCAU